GACAUACAAGAGUGUUGAGCUUUAUCCUAAUCAGUCAUUGAACCUGAUAAUAGGACCCAAUGGCACUGGGAAGUCUACGUUUGUAUGUGCUAUCAUUCUCGGGCUGUGUGGAAAGACAAGUGUCAUCGGAAGGGCCAAAAAAAUAUCAGAAUAUGUUAGAAGCGGAUGUGAGGAGGCCACCAUAGAGAUAGAGUUGUACCAGCAGGAUGGCAGGCAGAAUGUGAUCAUAACGAGGACCUUCACACUGGCAGGCACCAGCACCUGGUGUAUAGACCAUAAGACGGUCAAGGAGAAGCAAGUGCAAGAACUUAUAGCAUCGCUUAAUAUUCAGGUAGACAAUCUCUGCCAGCUCCUUCCACAAGACCGUGUCCAAGACUUCUCGAACAUGGACCCACAAGAGUUACUGCGUAGUACACUGAAGGCAGUCGGGGGUCAGAGAAGCGUGAGUCAGUUGGACGAGCUGAUUGAGAGCCGGACACAACAGCGGGGACUGUCCACCAAGCUGCAGAAUAAUGCUCAGCUCAUGCAGGAACAGAUACGGUUGAAUGAGAGAUUAAAAGUCCAAAUCGACGCAAUGAAGCAGCGUCAAGACUUGGAAAAGCAAAUAGACAUUUGUGAGAAGAAGAAACUGUGGCUUGAAUACCAAGAACUGAGAGAGAAGUUUGUAGAGUACUCAAAUGAUAAGAAGGAAGCGGAAAAGAUUGCAGUUAUAGAGAAAGUCAAAGCUGAGAUCAGUGUGCUUGAGCAACAGAAGUUGGCAGCGAAUAGAAAAGUAUAUGCUCUAAAAGACCAAGCUAACGAAUCGCUGAACUCUAUUCGGACUUUCGAGUUCAAGCUGAAAGAGAUAGAGGGCGCCUUCCAAGACAAGUUAGAGAGACACCGGAAUAGAGAGAGAGAGUUGCAGGAGGCUAAAGCUAAACUGGAGAAGUUGGUCAUGGAUAAGACUAAGUUAGUGGAGAAAGUUGGAGAUGACGAAAAAGUUAAAAUGGAGCUAGCAGAACUACACAAGCCUAUAAUGAAAACGAAUGCUGCGAUCGACAAUUUAAAGAAACAAAAACUAGAAGUACAAUACGACUUAGAGAACAAUGUGACGCCGCAAAUACGUCAGUAUCAAAAUAGGAUACGUAAACUAGAAGAUGAAGACGUCAAGCGUCUAGAAGUGCUGCGCGCUUACAGCGAGGACUGUUACAAGGCGGUGUUGUGGCUUCGGGAGAACAAGGAGCUGUUCAAGAGCCCAGUGUACGAGCCUAUGAUGUUGGAAAUAAAAUUCACCGACCCAAAGUUCGCUCGCUACUUAGAAUCGACAGUCGCCGGCCGUGACCUGGUCGCCUUCACCUUCGAGUCCACUCGAGACAUGAACCUCUUCAGGCAGAAGGUUCGAGAACAAGGACUCAACAGGGUCAAACGCGAUCUGCAGCCAGGGAGGGCCUGUGGAACGACCGAGCACUGA